UCAGCUGUUUUCACAAACAAGAUUUUUACUAUCAUUCAUAAUUUACUUAAUUCAAAAAAAAGAAGAAAAAAUACAUUAAAGAAUUAAAUUUUUUUUUCUAAUUUAUCAUAAAAAAAAUAUCUACUAUUAAUUUAUUUAAAUCAACAAAAGUUUACUUUUAUUUUUUAUAUAAAACUUCCAUAGUGUAUCACUAGAAUGAAUUAAUCAUGGAUGCAUUAAAAGACUGGAGCCCUUAUACAACGAGGGAAUACGAUCCAUUAAAAGCUGGAAGUAUAGAUGGCACUGAUACAGAGCCUCACGAUAAAGCUAUUACUCGUGCAAUUGAAGCACACUAUGAGCCACCUCAUGGAUUAAAAUCAAAACCAGAGAGAACUGUUUUUGUCGCGAGAUUUGGCCCUCAAAUCACUAAAGACGACUUAAAGAAACAUUUCGACCGUAUUGUAAACGUUAAAUCAGCUACAGUAAUAAAAGAUGUCGUUACUGGUUGCUCACAAUGUUAUGGUUUUGUGGAAUUGGAAAAUAUGGACGAUGCAAGAAGAGUUGUACGACGUUUACAUGGUUCUUCUUUAAAGGGACAUACAAUUUUUGUUGACUUUGAGUUUAGUCGAUCGAUGCAAGGCUGGAAGCCCAGAAGGCUAGGUGGCGGUUUUGGUGGUAAAAAAGAAUCCGGUCAAUUGCGAUUUGGAGGAAAGGAACGACCAUUUAAAAAACCAAUUGUCCCAAUAAAUUAAUGUAAAUAUCAAUAAAAAUUUUAUUAUUUAAA